UGUCAGGUGGAAUAUAAUUAGGACUGGAAUCCGUCACAACCAGAAACAGAAGACAACAGCCUCGGUCUACAUCGGCGAAAGGUGAUAGAAUUUAUGGAGUAGUUCGAGGAAUGACACACAUGUCGGAUGGGGAACCGGAAAAGCUUAACUUUCCGGUGGUCAUUUUUGGAAGAAUAACACAACGUCAUCUUUGGGCGACAUCGCUGUCUCCCGCGCAACGCGAUAUCCGAGCCUCGGCCAACACCUCGGCAGAUACAAUCGUAUCCACAAUUGAUGAUUCCGUGACCACGACUGCGAGUCGACUUGACCCCCCAAAGACCCAUCUGAAUAGAGCGAGAUCGUUGGCCCUAGAGGUACUGUCGCAGUACGUCACCGGCCCGAAAACUUGCGGCGCACGACGGCAAGUCUCAGGUAAAAGCGCUUCGGACGACGAUUCAUCAUGGUGCAGGACAAGCGCAAGAGAUGAGCGAUCCGUCAGGCUCCGUGGACGUCGCGGAAGCAACUUCAGGGUUGAUCCAAUGUGUAUCGCGUUUGCAUGGUCCUCCCUAUCUAGUCAUACGGUGACAUAAGACCGUCCCCAGGCGUCGGAUGAAUGUUCGCUAAUAAUUCGCCUCAUGACCUUGGUUCAGGAAUCAGGAAGCGGUCCAGUGAUGGAUCCCUACCGAUAGCUCAGAAUAGAAUGCAUUAUAUAAGGAGGAGCGGGGUGGCCUAACGCUGGCGUCGGUA